UCAAGGCCAAACAAUAUGAUACGUUAACUCCAAAGGGAAUUUCUUGUGCUUGGAAUCAGUACCUUUCGAAGUCCGAAACAAGACGAACCUACCUUUUUUUCUGGGCUUACCCAACUCCAUAAAUCAGUCACAGAACCCCUUCUAUCAUGAGCACAACACUGUUUCUCAUAAUCAGAAAUAAUUUUAGGCAUGGCAGAAGGAGGCCAAGCGAUUUUCAAAGCUCUUGACAAUGCAAAGACUCAGAGUUACCAUUUCAAGGCAAUCGUUAUUGCUGGAAUGGGAUUUUUCACUGAUGCUUAUGAUCUUUUCUGCAUAACUGCUGUAACCAAGCUCAUAGGACGACUGUACUACUAUGACCCUACAACUGGCAAGCCAGGUGCUUUCCCAAAAGAAAUAAAAAAUGCUGUUACCGGAGUCGCUCUAUUCGGAACCCUUGCAGGGCAACUCUUCUUUGGCUGGCUUGGGGACAAGCUUGGAAGAAAGAAAGUGUAUGGAAUCACCCUUGUAACCAUGGUUGGGUGUGCCUUAGCAUCUGGUCUAUCCUUUGGUUCCUCCGCUGAAAGCGUUAUUGGUACCCUCUGCUUCUUCCGCUUCUGGCUCGGGUUUGGCAUCGGUGGAGACUAUCCGCUCUCAGCUGUCAUAAUGUCUGAAUAUGCCAACCAAAAAACUCGAGGCGCAUUCAUUGCUGCCGUCUUUGCAAUGCAAGGAACAGGUAUUCUAGUUGCAGGACUUGUAUCAGUGAUGGUCUCCAAGGCAUUCUUAGCUGCUUAUCCAGCACCUCCAUUUAGUGAAAGUCAUGUACUAUCGACUCAGCCGCAAGGAGAUUUCGUUUGGCGGAUCGUGUUGAUGUUUGGCGCUGUCCCUGCUGCCUUGACCUACUAUUGGCGUCUCAAAAUGCCAGAAACUGCUAGAUACACAGCAUUGGUUCAGGGAGAUAAAAAGAAAGCUGCCGCUGAUAUGGCUAAAGUCCUUGAAACAGAUCUAACUGUGGAGGAAACAAGUAACAAACUUGACCCCAAAUCAUCAUAUGGAUUACUCUCUUCUGAGUUUGCCAGGAGACAUGGACUUCACCUUCUAGGAACUUCCACUACAUGGUUCUUGCUAGACAUUGCCUUCUACAGUCUCCAACUAACACAGAACGAUGUCUAUCCGGCGAGUGGACUGUUGCAUAAAGCCUCGUCAAUGAAUGCCAUUGAAGAGACAUUCCAUCUAUCCAAAGCCAUGUUCCUUGUAGCACUGCUUGCAACUGUUCCAGGAUACUGGUUCACAGUGUUCCUCAUUGACCGGAUCGGACGCUUUAUAAUCCAGCUUGGUGGCUUCCUUGUGAUGUCCAUAUGCAUGGCAAUUCUUGGAUUUCGCUUUUAUGCUCUUAGGGGAGAUCAUUGCAAACAAAGUAAGACCAAGGAAUUCUGCAAUGGAAACUCCGAGCUGUUCACCUUCCUAUACGGCCUUGCAUUCUUCUUUGCCAACUUCGGACCUAACAGUACAACAUUCGUCGUACCGGCAGAGAUAUUUCCGGCAAGGUUCCGAUCAACUUGCCACGGGAUCUCCGCAGCUUCAGGGAAAGCAGGAGCCAUCAUAGCUGCAUUUGUAUUGCAGACAUACACUCAAGAUGACAAAAAUGUUAAGCAGGUAAUGAUUGCACUUGCAAUGGUGAACAUGAUUGGGUUUUUCUUCACUUUCUUGGUGCCAGAAACCAAGGGUCGGUCCCUUGAGGAGAUCUCUGGAGAGGAAAAAGAUUUUGGUGACAGAAAGACCCACCCUAAUGGGAUAGAUCAAUCAAUUGUCGCAGAACGUGAAAUGGUUUAGUAAUACUACAUGUUAAAUCCACUUCUCUA